AAAUGUGGUGUCACCGAAGAUGUUUGGUAAGAAUAGACCGUUGCACAGUUGCUUCUCAUUGAGUUUUGUGGGUGUUCUCAACGAAAAAGGGAACCAUGCGCAAGUCUCCUUCCUUGGACAUUGAUGAACAAGACCAUUAUCUCAUUAGGGAUGGGAUUGAAAAAGGAUUGAUGAUGAUUGAAGUUAUACAGUGUGCUCGGAAAUGGUGUUUUUUCAUAGGGACUGACCGGUGAAGGUUUCACGUAGACAAACUUUCCUCUGCUCACGUUUACGCCCGGCUACCUAUUGGAAUGGACUGGACGGCAAUUCCCGAAGAUGUUUUGAUUGAUUGUGCUCAAUUGACAAAGGCGAACUCUAUUCAGGGAAACAAAAUGAAAAACGUGGUUAUUAUCUAUACCCCUUGGGCAAACUUGAAGAAGACCGGCGACAUGGCGGUCGGUCAAGUCUCGUUUAAAAAUCCACAACUGGUAAAACGAGUCCAUGUCGCUGCUCGCGAGAAUGCCAUCAUUAAUCGUUUGAUGAAAACUCGUGUUGAAAAGUUUCCCGACCUCAUGGCCGAGCAAAUUGCUUAUGACAGUGAGAAGAAGCGAAAGGCCAAAGCCGAGGCCAUCAAAAAGGCCAAGGAAGAAGAAGCAAUUGCGAAGGAACGUAAGGCUGCCUCCGACGCUUACAAACAUGCCUACGAUGAUUUGUUUAACGAGGAAAACAUGCGAAGCACUGGCUGGGAUGAGGACGACUUUAUGUAA